AUGGAGGUUGGAUCCGGGAGAGAGGAGGGCGAGGCCGCGGCGAUGGUGGCGGUGGCGGGGCGGAGGGGUUGCAUCCGCUCGACUCAGGGGCCGUGGACGGUGCGCCGGCGGGGCCGGGGCGGCGGGGUGACGACGUCGCUGAGGCACCCGACGCCUCGGGAGCGGGAGAACAACCGGCAGCGCGAGCGGCGGCGGCGCCAGGUGGCAGCCAGGAUCUACGCCGGCCUGCGCGCCCACGCCGGGUACACGCUGCCCAAGCACGCCGACCAGAACGAUGUGCUCCGGGCGCUCUGCGCGGAGGCCGGCUACCACGUCAACGACGAGGGCACCGUCACGCGCCUCCAGGGUCUGGACGGCGCCGCUGGCCCCAGCUGCAGCUCCGAUCAUCGGAAGCCUUCCUCCCACACCGGAACAACGGAUGCGGUGACUCUGCAGCAGCAGGAGCAGGAGCAGCAGCAGCGGGAGGAGGAAGCGAAGCUGUCACUGGAGCUCACCCUCUCGUUCGCCUACAUGUAG